UCCAGGUUCAAGGUCAAGCUUGGCUGUGAGGAGGAGUUUGAAACCAUGUGGAGGGAGCGAGAGAGCAAGCUGGCCAGCUUUUCGGGCUUCGAGCAGUUCAUGCUGCUAAGGCUAGACACCAGAGAGGUAGAGAAGAACGAGGAGGAAGAGGGAGCGCCCGCGGCCAGACCCGGUUAUACGGAGUUCGUUUCUCACACUAGUUGGGCCCAUCAGAUGGAUUUCGAGGAGUGGAAGAACAGCCAAGCGUUCAAGAAGGGCCACAGUGGGGGUGGCGGAGGAGAAGGAAAGGCCAAGGGGGAGAGCGGGGGUUUCGUUGUUGUUGCUGGGGGCAUGGGCAAGAUACGCGAACUGAUCGUGGAGCCACCCGUCCCCUCUCUGUACAACGCUCCAAUUAUUGAGCCGGUGCCCCCAGAGCAUCAGGGUGGUCUGUGGGACUUUGAGGAUGAACCGUCGUACUUCGACGGCGACAUGUAAAAGUUCUCUAUGGAAUAGUACCCCAAGGACAACCAGGCGGUGGGAAGCUGAAGCCUGCCAAGCACCACAGCAGUGCGUAACACCGAACGAUAGGGGUAAGAUUCGGAGACCCUCGCUGGAACAAUGCUAGGAAAGGUUAACGUGGUUGACAGGUUUUCUGAACUGGGUUUGGGGAAUGCGCGGGUCCACGGGUUGGGAGAAUCAUCUCUUGUUUUCAAGGAUCGUGUGGUCGAGUGUUGGUCAGUCUGCAUCGGGGUUUGCACCUUCAGGAAACCUGCAGCAGAACAGCAAGGACGCAAGCCGCCACUUGACCUCCCCUCCUCUGUCCAUAUCCUCCACGUAAGAGUUGAUCGUUGUGACGAAGCACACAUCAUCUUCUCUACACCAUGUUCGUUGAGGAAGCUGCCGAUUUUUAUUGCUGCACAAGCUUCGACAUUAUGACAGCAGUAUCAUAGGGUAAGAGCUCUGCCGCGGCUUCAGACAAAUGCAAUGUCGAAGGCAGCACCGCACCGCUGUUGAUUUCGGGAGUGUAUCGCUUGAGGAGACAUCAAAGCACCCACGAUUUAGCGCAUCAGCAAACAUUUCCCGUCUCCGUGUGGUAGUUCGCCGACAAUUGAAGGGCUGUAUGCUAUGCUUGUGCCUGCGCGCAAUGCAACCGCACACGGACCGGGCACUCCUACUCUGACCAUUUUUGGCACUAGCUGCCUUAGGUGCUGCGGCGGCACCCAGGCAUGAAGAGGGCACUAUCGCACCUACCGUCUACACACCCCCGGGGGAACCAUGCACUUGUAGAAAAACUGCCAGAAUAACGUAACCAUGUACCUCUGGUAGAAAAUCUGCAAGAAUAACAUGGAUUGAGGCAGACACUCCGCUCCGCAUUCAAAGGACGGCAGAGGGCAGCAUUAUGGCUUCUUGCACCCACUCGGGAACCGGUCGAAACUUGCGAGUUUCGUUGUCCAUGCAGA